AUGAAGCAGAAGAAUAUUGUGGUGAUAGGCGCGGGCGUUGCCGGUUUGACAACGGCCUUUCUCUUGUCCAAGAGAUCCGGCUACAAGAUUGUGGUAGCGGCCAAGCAUAUGCCAGGUGACUAUGAUAUUGAAUAUGCUUCUCCGUGGGCUGGAGCCAAUUAUAUGCCUGUGGGAGUGCGCGGAACUCAGGCAGCGGAGUGGGAAAAGGCCACUUGGGGCCCAUUAGAAAACCUCGCGAAGAAUAACCCUGAUGCCGCCCGCCCUGCUGACGGAGAAACGGAAGACUGCGAGAUACGGAGUCGUUCUAAGGACCUCGGAUCGGCGACAGCAGACUGGUUUUCCGAGUUACUGUCUCCUAACCCGUGGUUCAAGGACGUUGUCCCAAAUGUCAAGUUCCGUGUUAUCCCUAGCGAUCAGCUAGCACCAGGGAUCGACUCUGCCACUUCUUUUACUUCUGUUUGUAUUAACACCGCGAUUUAUUUGCCGUGGCUGGUAUCCCAGUGUCUCAAAAAUGGCGUCAUUUUCAAACGCAAGGUUUUCAAGCACAUUUUGGACACCACUAAGCCCGACGUACACCCAUCUGGUCAAACUGAUCUGGUCAUCAAUUGUACAGGCCUGAUGGCAUCGCAACUCGGUGGUGUUGAAGACAAGUCCGUCUUUCCUGCUCGUGGACAGAUUGUAAUCGUUCGCAACGAGACUGGAGGGAAAAUGCUUGAUGUCUCCGGUACAGAUGACGCAGAUGAUGAGGCGUGUUAUAUUAUGACGAGAGCAGCCGGCGGGGGAACAAUUUUGGGUGGCUCUUAUCAGAAGGGGAAUUGUGAGUCACAAUUCGACCCAAAUUUGGCAAACAGGAUCAUGAGGAGAGCCAUCGACAUGUGCCCUGAACUUACCCGUGGAAGAAAAGGAAUCGAGCAGUUGGAUAUUGUCAGGCAUGCCGUCGGAUUACGACCAGUGCGUGAAGGUGGAACACGAGUCGAGAGAGAGCGGCUUGAGAAUAUAUGGGUGGUGCACAACUAUGGACAUGGAGGUGCUGGAUAUCAAUCGUCCUACGGCUGCGCGGAAACUGCAAUCGACUUGGUCGAGGAGGCUUUUCAAAAACUAGCACAUUUAUAA